UGUUAUUAGAGUGAUUUGUUUGAUGAGAGUAAAACGUCUAUGAUUAUAUUCAAUUAUUUAUUUUAUUAUUUAAAAAAAAGUAGUGUUUAUAUUGUUGUAACAUAUACUCGAAUCGUGACCUAAUUUUUUUGUUUAUCCGUAUGUCAGCGCAAAGCACCUCUCGAAAGAUUUAGAUAUUGUUCAAUUGUUGUAUUUAGCGUAAGCUCGCAUAGCCUGGAUUAAUAGAGUGAUUUAUAUUAUUUGUGAAACAAAUAUUAUUAUGUAAUUAAAUUAUCGGCCAAAGGAUAAUUAUUUGUAUUUGUAUUAAUAGCUAAGUAUUUGAAAGUGUAAUUCGCUAGCUGGGUAAAACAUGAUUUGGAUUCUAGAAAGCAAAUCUUGCCCCAAUUAAUGGCACAUCUACCAUUAACAUCGAAAGAUUACAUACUAAAAAAUGUAGUUACAGAACCUCUUCUUAACAAUUGUCCUAAAUGUAAAGAUUACGUAAUUGAAGCAUUACAUAUGUAUUUACUUAAGUCAAAUGAAAUUAUCACUAUGCCACAUAGCAUCCGGACAAAACCUAAACCUGAUGGUCCUCAUAAAGUUAUUUUAGUGGUUGGUGGAAGAAGCAAUGAAGAUAACCUAAUCUUGGAUAGUACAGAAUGGUAUGACCCAAAACUCAACCGAUGGCAGUUUGGACCAAAAAUGAUUACACCACGUUACGGAGGUGGUUUAGCUGUAGUAAAAGACAAUAUUGUGUUAUAUUAUAUGGGUGCUCAUAAUUAUAAAUUGAGUCAAUUUGUCCAUGAGCUAGAUUUCUCUUCAGAACCAUCUAAUUGGAAACCAACGACUAACAUGUUAGUUAACCGAGAACAUUUAGGAGUUGGUGUCAUAAAUAAUUAUAUUUAUGCCGUUGGUGGUUUUGAUAUUUAUAGAUGGCCUUUAAAAAGUGCAGAAGUUUUUGACUGCAGAACUCAAAAAUGGCGUAUGGUAUCUAGUAUGUCUACUAGAAGAAGUGUUGUUGGGAUAGGAGUACUGAAUAAUCUUUUAUAUGCGGUAGGAGGUUUUGAUGGUGAGCAGUGUUUAAACUCUGUUGAAUGCUAUCAUCCCGGACUUGAUAAAUGGACAUCGGUUUCAGAAAUGUGUGCACGUCGUAGUAAUGCUGGUGUUGGAGUAUUAGAUGGUGUACUGUAUUCUGUGGGUGGCGAAAAUUUAUCAGAAUGUCUCAAGAGUGUUGAAGCAUACAAACCAAGUACAGGAGUUUGGUCUAGUAUUCCGGACAUGCAUUUGAGACGUUGUGGUGCAGGAGUAGCGGUAUUAAAUGGUUUAUUGUAUGUCGUCGGUGGUUGGGACGGAACUUCUUAUUUGGAUUCUGUAGAAUAUUACAACCCUAACACUAAUACCUGGACCAUGAUCACUGCGUCAAUGAAUGUUACGAGGAGUUUAGCUGGAGUUGUAGUCAUUGAAAGGCCACGACAUUCAAAAAAACGGAAUCAAUCGGGUUUUUCAUUUUUGAUUGAAUAUAUCGAUAUAUAUUCAAUUAUCUCAUUUUGUACAAUUGUAUCUUUAUUAUUUUUCUAUUUAUUUUCUAGUUUUUGACUGUUUUAAUAAUGGGGUUUUUGUACCUACAUUAGAAAUUUACAGUUGAUAGGCCACCAUAUCUAUAUGUUUAACAUUCAAUACGUUUUUUUUUAUAUACCUGCACUAGUGUCCUAAUUUGUAUGAUAAUAUAUUUAUUGUUUUUCUAUUAA